UCCCCUUUCUUCAGAUAUGGCACACAGCAGACACGGCGACUAGCAGAUAUAUAUACGGGCCAGGACAGCAUAUGAUCAUGGCCAUCACAGACAACGGCUCCUCAUGAUCUCCUACUCCUUCAUUUCACCUACAUUCAGGAGACUCACCUCCUGCUCCCCGAUGUCUCUCUUGCUACCAACUACUUGCAAUUGCCAAGAUGUCUGGAUCAGCGUCAGGAACAUCCAGCAAUCAAUCAAUCCGGGCCAGGAACAGCCCGCAGCCCGCAGCAGAAAUGCUGCAGAAUCCCAUCGAGGCUCCGAAGAAGACGCGAAAUUCUAUCCCACGCCCAUCCGGAAAUUCAGAGCCAGGACGCGACCAACACCAACGACUACUUUUAUAUACAAAUCUUUAAACAGUUUCCAUUGCAUUGCACAAUUUGCAUUGCAUUGCCUACUGCUAGCAUGGCUCCCUCCAAGAGACUCAUCGCAUUCGUCGGACUUGGUCUCGUAGCCCUCAUCCUGCUUUUCCAAACGCGGGCCACCCUCACAAAGCACAAGGCAUCAGGCGUAUUUGACUACACAGGCGGCCUGACCUCCGUUGCGUCAAGUCUCUCUAUGAGCAAUACAGACGCAGUCUUAUAUGUCCAUUACGACGGCGACCCAAUUGGCCGACGCAACUUGCAAUUCUUCAUCGACCAUGCACUUCAUAGCAAAGUCGACUUUUAUUUCAUCAUCAACGGCUACAACCUAACUGCAAACAUCCCAGAAGCCAGCAAUAUCCACGUCAUCAAACGCGAAAACACUUGCUACGACCUCGGAUCCUUUGGUACGGUGCUCCAGGCAAAUGACGGCGAAGUCAUGAAGAAGUAUAAGCGCUUCAUCCUAACCAACUCCUCCGUCCGCGGACCUUUCUUUCCAAAUUGGGCACGUCUCGCAAAACAAGCGUGUUGGACAGAUAAACUCUUUGCACCCCUCAGUGAUACCACAAAACUCGUCGGCUUAACAGCAAAUUGCGAACACAUCCAUGGACCGAGACAUCUCCAGUCUUUUGGUCUCGCCACCGACUCGAUUGGUUUGGAAGCACUCCUACCGGCUCUCAAAUGCUUCACAGAUCGUAUGGACGCUAUUAUUAAUGGUGAGAUGGCCAUCACGCAGCGUGUCAGAGAUGCAGGCUAUGAUGCUGUUCCCUUGUAUUCUGCCUAUGCCGAUGCCGGUCGCUCAACCCAAUCCAAUGCUGCCUUUUGGGAGACGUGUGAGCAUAUCGACAUCUUCUUCCCUGAGCGCUACUUUGAAAUGGAUGCGCAUCCCUUCGAUACCCUCUUCACUAAAAUUCAUCGACAGGAUGAGUUUACGAGUACUGAUCCGUUUUCACCAUUGGGCAUGAAGGUUUUGCAUCAAUUGACCGAUUGGGCGGAUCAGAGCAGCUUCUCUAGUUACGACCAGUGCUAGAUUGAGUCUGGCAUUGAGUGUCGUCCCACAGAUGGUCUCUGUGCAAUGUAUCAAGGGCUCUUCCACGGAUGCGAUCCUGCAACGAUAUUACGAUGGCCGUCAGGGGUAUCCUUCCUUAGCUGGACGUACGCCAGCUCUUUGCCUACCGGACGAUGGGAAUGGUUGCUUGCAUACUCAAAGGUGUUAUGCUGGGCAGGCUCAUCGACACCGCGUACGCGCAUGGGCACCCUGAUUGCCAGUAUCUAUGCCCAAUGCUGAAGAUGUCUCGAUACUACUGGCCAUAUUAUCCGAUGGAUCUUGUCAGGCUUUCAAGCUGCGGGCUGGUAUAUUCUCCUUCCGCUCUUCGCCUUGUACAAUAAAAGACAAGCAAGCUGCAUUCUCACGAUUCCGUGGUGCUUUGUAUAUUGACAUGCUGAGUGUUUCUUAGGAAUUCACUUCAGCUACCCGUUGAAAUUUUGAAUAGAUCCAUGCU